AUGAAGUCCUUCGUCCUCGCACCAACACUGCUGGCCCUCGCACUCUCAACAACCGCCCAUCCCACGGAGACAAAACGUUCCGGCUCUCCCCUAGCCCAAUCCCAAGCCCAAUCCCGCCUCGAAUCCGCCGGCAUCUACGCCGUCUCCUCAGGCGGCUGCACCACCAAGUCCAACCCAAAGUGCACAUCCUACGAAGGCAUCCUCUCCGGCACCGUCGACGGCGCCAUCACGCUCAAAGGCGCCUGCGGCUGCGACGUGACCGUCACCGGAGGCACCGAGACCGGCCAUGCGUCUGGGACGUACAGCCAUGGCAAUGGGUACAAGCUGGAUUUCCGGAAGAACACUGCUCUGAACAACUAUGUCACGAAUAGCUUUACCAGGAUCGGGAAUCGGGGCGACGGGUAUCCGCAGUGGCAGUCUGCGGCGGGGAAUAUCUAUUGUGACGAGGGCAAUCACUGGGAUGUGCUGUAUUACUAG